AUGGGUAAAAUGAUUAUUGUAUCCGCGAUCGAACUCGACGUUGCCAUUAUGGCAUCAAAUGCUGCCUCGAUGAAAGCCGUUUGGCGCAAAUACGUCAGCAAGAAACCUCUUACCGGCGAACAAGGCUCUUCAUCCUGCUCGAAGCAGAAGCCGAAUGAGCCUGUCAACUUGCCGUACAGCUCACGAGCUAAGAGGUCAGGUCAUACUCGUAUGGCGUCCAUUGAUGGUUCAGGGUCAAGCGGACGAAAAGAGCCAUAUGAGAAUGAAUCGGAGGAAGAACUUUUCAUGAUAACGGAAUUAUGUAAGAAAGGCGCAUCGUCCGCCUCUGCGGACUUGAAUCGCCCUUAUUUCGAGUUUAAAAAGUGA